AUGUUCAUCACAACAACGGAGUGGGCCUCGGAGUGGGGGGUAGCCAAGGCAAAAGACACCCGCACGCCGUUCCGCCGUCUCCCCUUCUACUGCUGUGCGUACGUGACUGAUCAUUCCACUUUCGCUUCCGCUUCUCCCUCAUCGUCCGCUUCCCUUCCCAUUCACCUUUUCUUCCGCCGCCUCCCCUUCUACUGCUGUGCGUACGUGACUGACCCUUCCGUUUUCACUUCCGCUUUUCCCACCUCGUCCGCUUCCCCAACCCUUCCAGCCAUCAAGGAGCUGAACGUGAAGCCCAAGAACUGGAAGCCGAAGGAGCUGCCAGAUGCAGCCAUCAAGGAGCUGAACGACCCCAACAAUCUGGAUGCCAAUGUGCUCACAGAGUUCGACCACGCCAAGCAGAACCUUGCACCUCGAAUGUCCCAGCGCUUUUCGACCCCAACAUCCAAUCUGGAUGCCAAUGUGCUCACGGAGUCUGACCACGUCAAGAAGAACCUUGCAGCUCCCAAGGAAGGCAAAGGCAGUGCAGCAACAUCGGGCGCAGCAGUGCCUGAGAGCAUUCAACGCUGUCUGGCUGUUUUCAUUCGCAGACGCCCCUCAUUUCUUUCCUCCCCUCCCCUGCCAGGCGAAGGUGGUGUAGCAGCAUCAGGCAUCAACGCAGCAGUGCGAAGCCAGAACAGCAGCAUGGGGAGUGCAUGCAGCAUGGGGAGUGCAUGCAGCAUGGGGAGUGCAUGCAGCAUGGGCAGUGCAUGCAGCAUGGGGAGUGCAUGCAGCAUGGGGAGUGCAUGCAGCAUGGGGAGUGCAUGCAGCUUGGGGAGUGCAUGCAGCAUGGGGAGUGCAUGCAGCAUGGGGAUUGCAUGCAGCAUGGGGAGUGCAUGCAGCAUGGGGAGUGCAUGCAGCAUGGGGAGUGCAUGCAGCAUGGGGAGUGCAUGCAGCAUGGGGAGUGCAUGCAGCAUGGGGAGUGCAUGCAGCAUGGGGAGUGCAUGCAGCAUGGGGAGUGCGUGCAGCAUGGGGAGUGCGUGCAGCAUGGGGAGUGCGUGCAGCAUGGGGAGUGCGUGCAGCAUGGGGAGUGCAUGCAGCAUGGGGAGUGCAUGCAGCAUGGGGAGUGCAUGCAGCAUGGGGAGUGCAUGCAGCAUGGGGAGUGCAUGCAGCAUGGGGAGUGCAUGCAGCAUGGGGAGUGCAUGCAGCAUGGGGAGUGCAUGCAGCAUGGGGAGUGCAUGCAGCAUGGGGAGUGCAUGCAGCAUGGGGAGUGCAUGCAGCAUGGGGAGUGCAUGCAGCAUGGGGAGUGCAUGCAGCAUGGGGAGUGCAUGCAGCAUGGGGAGUGCAUGCAGCAUGGGGAGUGCAUGCAGCAUGGGGAGUGCAUGCAGCAUGGGGAGUGCAUGCAGCAUGGGGAGUGCAUGCAGCAUGGGGAGUGCAUGCAGCAUGGGGAGUGCAUGCAGCAUGGGGAGUGCAUGCAGCAUGGGGAGUGCAUGCAGCAUGGGGAGUGCAUGCAGCAUGGGGAGUGCGUGCAGCAUGGGGAGUGCGUGCAGCAUGGGGAGUGCGUGCAGCAUGGGGAGUGCGUGCAGCAUGGGGAGUGCAUGCAGCAUGGGGAGUGCAUGCAGCAUGGGGAGUGCAUGCAGCAGUGUCUGA